CUUGAUUAUUUUUUUCUUUUUGCAGACCUAGACGGUUGCUGUGAUGACCCUCCAGAUAGUAACGCCUGGGAGUAGCACAUCACUGAUCCAGCCAGGAUUCUCAUUGCUUCAUUUUGGCAGCCAUGUGUUUUUCUUAGGGCAGAAAGGCUGGCCUAAACGUUCCUGCCCCACUGGGGUUUUCCUCGUAGAUCUUAAAAACAAUGAGUUGAGACUUCGGCCCACCAUAUUUACCAAUGAUUCCUGCUAUCUGCCUCCACUUAGACACCCAGCCGUGUGUAGCUUACCAGCCAGUCAAGGUGGGGAGAUCACACAAUACCUCAUUCAUGGAGGGAAGACCCCAAAUAAUGAGAUAUCGCACAAAUUAUACAUCAUGGCUAUGGCAUCUUCAGUCAAUAGGAGAUUUUCCCUCUGUUGCUCAGAAAAGGAUCUAGAAGGCGAUGUCCCUGAAGCUAGGUAUGGUCAUUCUAUGAAUGUAGUUUUUAGUAAGGGUAAGACUGCAGUUGUGAUGUUCGGUGGAAGGUCCUAUGUGCCAUUAAAUCAAAGAACCACAGAAAACUGGAAUAAUGUCAUUGACUGUGAACCAUUGGUUUACCUUAUUGAUCUCCAGUUUGGGUGUUCCACCAGUUUUAACCUUCGAGAGCUUCAGGAUGGGAUUUCCUUUCAUGUUUCUUUAGCAAGAAAUGAUACAGUCUACAUUUUUGGUGGUCAUUCAAUGGGGAAUAAUUUUAGGCCACCAAAUGUGUACAAGAUAAAAGUGGAUCUGCCACUUGGAAGCCCAGCCGUGUCUUGCACAGUCAUACACAACAAGCUGUCCUUCUCUAGCUCCAUAGUGACCCAGACCAGCCCUGAUGAGUUUGUCAUUGUGGGUGGAUACGAGUCUGACAGCCAGAAAAGGUUCAGUUGCAAUGGCAUUUUUCUAGAUGAUGACACCAUUGACAUUCAGGAAAUAGAGACCCCAGAGUGGACAGGGGAAAUUAAACACAGCAAGACCUGGUUUGGUGCUGAUAUGGGCAAAGGGGCAGUGUUAUUUGGCAUCCCAGUAGACAAUAAGCACCAAAGCACAGACUGUAGCUUUUUCUUUUAUGUACUCAAUUUUGGGGAUAGUGAUCCUGUGGUGCAGACGUGUAGCCAGGGAUCAACAGAAGAACAAGAGGAUUCCAUGCCUCUUGAAGACUCUGAAGAAUUUACAUUCAACAGGGACGGAAACCUUUUUGACGAAGAUACUUACAAUGAAGAUGACGAAGACGACGAGUCAGAAACUGGAUACUGGAUCAAGUGUUGUUCUGACUGUGAUAUUGACAUAAACACUUGGGUGCCUUUCUAUUCCACAGAACUCAACAAGCCAUCUAUGAUCUUCUGCUCCAAAGAUGGUGGCCACUGGGUGCAUUCACAGUGCAUGGAUCUGUCAGAGACCAUGCUAAAAUACCUGUCUGAGAACAACGUCAAGUACUUCUGCAAUGACCAUGUUGAGGUAGCGAGGGGGGUGCAAACGCCAGAGAAGACCCCAGCUGUAAAAAAGCCUUCAAUGAAAUCAGUUCGCAAGAGAACAACGAUAAAUAGACUUUCAACAGUCAAGAAAUCUUUCCUUAGGCGCCUGUUUGAGUAAGUUGAGUAUGGUACAUUGCUUAGAGCAGUUCUUUUUCCACAUGGUGGGCCAAAUAUCCAGAAUAGAUGCCCAUGGAUGUCCAUUUGGACAACACUAGUGUAGCCUACAUACAGUAUAAAGGUUAUUAUUGUAUAAGUAAUUUUUGCCAUAGUAACUUGAUUCUGCCCCAUAUUCGCUUCUUAUACAGUAGAUAAAUAUAUCAUAGAUAGAACCUAUGUGUGUAGACAACAUUUUGGACCUGGAUGAACUGUAGUCCAUAGCAAUUUGCUUGGCAUUGCAUUUACGUCUUAGCAGAUAUAGGAGGAACAGUUGGCUGGAAGCUUGACCACGUGCAGAGGCUACAAGCCCAGAAUCUGUGUAGAUAUUUAUUAUUUUUGCUUUUUGGACCUUUUGGAAUUUG